AUGGGCUUCGCAAGCAGGGCCAAGCUUGUUUUGGUUGCGCUUGGCCAUCCUCUGAAGAACAUCCUCACGCAACCGUUGGUUAGCGGCCCUUUUCCUUAUCCACUCUUGCUUGUGGCUGUGAACCAGCUGUCCAAUGUUGUCUUGGGGGUCUGUGCCUGGAGCUGCGGGGGACUUCCUCUGACAGGCAAACCAUCGCCAAGAGACUACAUGAGAGUCUAUGGCCCUAUCGCUUUCCUCCGUUUCAGCUUCAACGCCUGCCGCACGAUCAGCUUGAUGUAUCUCACCCUCCCGAUGUUCGUCAUCGUUUCCUGUGUGAAGACGCCGUUGACCUACGUCGUCAGUACACUGCUGGGCAUGGACCACUGCAGCAUUCGGAUGUCGCUGGUCAUGUUGGGGAUAUGGCUUGCUACACUGUCAGCCGUUCUUUGUGGUCAUCAUGACUUUGAGAAGGCCACCGUUGCGCAGAUACCAGGCAUCUCUUUCUCUCUCGCGGCCGCGGUGUCGGAUGUUGCCUUAAACCUCCUCAUACAGAAAGCAGCCAAGGAUGUUCCUUCGUUGACUCUACUGGCGCGUACUACCCCGCUCUACACGUGCUUCGCCAUUGCGGGUGUGGGAAUCUUUGAAGCAAGCCAACUCCGGCAAGAUGCUGCCCUGCCCUUUCCCCCAUCUGCUUCUUGGGCCUACUGGCUCAUGGCCGGCACCUGCAUCCUCAGCCCCCUCCUGGGGUACGUGGACUGCGAGACCGUUGGGAACUUCGGUGCCGUGGGCUACGCCCUCGUGGCCCGGUUUCAUGGCGUCCUGAUGUUUGCGGUUGGGAUCUUCAUCUUCCGCCAGCCCUUCACCUGGGCGCAGGUGGUCAGCUACAUCGCUCUCAUGCUUCUUCUUGUGGCGGCUGCCAAGUGGAAAGCCGAUGCGAGAAGGCUGGCCAAGGGCUGCGAUGACUCCGCGAGUUCUGGGGAGUCGACCGGCUCGGAGCAACCGACCGCAAUCGGCUGUGCAAGCGACAGCGGAAGUGAGGCCAAGCACGACACCGAAGGCGACAGCCAGUGA